GCCCAGCCUUCCGCGCUGGGCAGCGGAGAUUGACUGGCUGCAGUCCUUGUGGCGUCUGGCGCUCCGGGGAAGAGCCAUGUCUACUUUCCGCCUGGCCCUCAUCCAGCUUCAGGUUUCUUCCAUUAAAUCAGAUAACAUUAUCCGGGCUUGUAGCCUAGUCCGGGAGGCAGCAAAGCAAGGUGCCAACAUAGUUUCUCUGCCGGAGUGCUUCAAUUCUCCAUAUGGAACUAACUACUUUCCUGAAUACGCAGAGAAGAUUCCUGGAGAGUCCACAAAGAAGCUUUCUGAAGUCGCAAAGGAGAACAGCAUAUACCUCAUUGGAGGCUCCAUCCCAGAAGAGGAUGAUGGGAAACUGUAUAAUACCUGCACUGUGUUUGGGCCUGAUGGAAAUUUACUGGUAAAGCACAGAAAGAUCCAUCUGUUUGACAUUGAUGUUCCUGGGAAAAUUACAUUUCAAGAAUCCAAAACACUGAGUCCUGGUGAUAGUCUCUCCACGUUUGAUACCUCUUACUGCAGAGUGGGCCUGGGCAUCUGCUACGAUAUGCGCUUCGCAGAGCUUGCACAAAUCUAUGCACAAAGAGGCUGCCAGCUCUUGGUGUAUCCUGGAGCUUUCAAUAUGACCACUGGACCAGCCCACUGGGAGUUGCUUCAGCGAGCCCGAGCUGUUGAUAAUCAGGUGUAUGUGGCUACAGCCUCUCCUGCCCGGGAUGAGAAAGCCUCGUACGUGGCCUGGGGACACAGCACUGUGGUGGAUCCUUGGGGGCAGGUCCUAACCAAAGCUGGCACCGAGGAAACAAUCCUGUACUCAGACAUAGACCUGAAGAAGCUGUCUGAAAUUCGGCAGCAAAUCCCCAUUUUAAAACAGAAACGAGCAGACCUCUAUUCAGUGGAGUCAAAGAAGCCCUGAUGUCCUUCUAACCUGUCACAAGCAGAGUGAUGUUCUGUAAGACGAGCAACUCUACCACUCUACCAA